AUGGUCAAGGGAAUUGCUACGCCGUGUCCAGCGACGAUUGGAAGUAACUCGGCUGGACUGACCAACUCGGCGGACUCGGCGAAUGCGAUGAUCACGGACGCGACGGCGGACGAGGCGCGCACCGUCCAGUUCGAUGAGGAUGAUGCCCAAGACCAAGAAAUUGUGCGCAACCUGGCGGCCGAGCUCGGCAAUGAUACGGACGACGAAGAUCAAGCCGCCGCUCAAGGGGAACGUCCGCCCCUGAUCCCGCGAGCGACGAGGAAUGCGGAUACGCCAAGUGCGAACAAGGUUCUGGGCAGGCUCGGAGAGGAGAUGCGAGCUCAGAGCGAGUGGAUGAUGAUGUUUGCCCCAGUGGCGAUGGCUCAGGCGAGAUGGCCGGUGCUAGGGCCCGAGCUGACUCAGCCGGUGAACAGCACCGACAUCAACCAACUGGUCGAAGACACGGUGCUGUUACUCAAGGCGAUGAGGCUCCUGUGCACGAGCCGACCCAACCGCCUGCUACUCGGCGAUUGGGACCCCAGCCGAGCUUCUCGCGAAAUCCUCAAGUGGAAGCGCCGGUUGAGAGUCUCGUUUGGUCUCGAGCGGGGGGCCGUCGGAACUCGGCAGACUAUUGCGAAACGAGUGGCUGAUACUCCGAAGACCAUCGAAGACCCCAGCAGGAUUCCGCUGCCUAAGACUCCCGAACGCAAGAGAGCCAAGGUGUUCCGCUCUACUGAGGGUACGCCGUAUUUCGAAGAUUCGCAUAUGAAGACGCCAACGCGUGGCAAGCAGCCAAGUGGACGCUACGCUGAGUUGUUUGACGCUGCAGACGCAGCCAAGCUCAGCGACAGCGACGAUGGGCGCGAGUACCUGAACUCGGCUGAAGAGUCGGUGAAUGUGACGGGGCACACAGCACUUCUUAACAGAGGAACCAGGAAGCAACUGGCGCAUCGCCGAGCAAGCCGCAGGGUCUCCACGUCGACCGGAAGCAUGCCUCCAAAGCGCAGUGCGCGCAGUGCGAAAGCACCUCCGGAACCGCGGGCCGUAGGGCCGAAGACCAGGACAGCCAAGGCCAAGGACGAGUCGUCCGCGCUGAUGGAGGCCACGAAGGCGGCCGAGGAGGUGGUGCGCUCUCGUAGCAGCACUCCGGAGAGUGGCCGUCAGGCCGGGGCUCGGAGCAAGUCUCCUGACGCCGCGCAAGGCAAGGAGGAGAGUCCUCGGGGCCAUAAAAGCCCGGUUCGCGACUGGGAAGCCGCCGUCUUUGACUGCACGAUGGUCCAGUACUCCGGUGAGAGUUCACCCGACGACGAGAACGUCUCGGAGGGCAGCACGCACGCUGCCGAAGGCACGGAGCUGGCGGCAGGCGACAUGACCAACGCCUCGGCCGACGCAAAGGCCUCGUCAGAGAAGGAGGCGGAGGACGCCGAGUCCGGCUCAGGCGACAGCAAGCAGUCGCACGACGAAGUCGCCAUGGCCGACGCUGGGGUCGUGGCCGAGAAGUCGCCGAGCGACGCGGGCUCCAAGCCCAAGGAGGUGCUGGCAUCCAAGCAUCUGACGCUAGCACAAGGUCGUGAGCGUGCCCAAGCGUCGAAAGCGGCUGCCGGUGCGAAGGCCGCCGAGGCCAAGGCGAAGAAGCGUUCAGCUUCCAGGUCGCCUCGCGGCUCCAGCUCCAAGCUGUUCAUCGACUCGGAGUCUGAGGACGAGGAGGGCAGCCCCAUCGAGUCUUCUUCAGGCGGGGAUGCCACGUACCCGCAGGGCUACUUCCCGCCCGAGCCUGGCACUGGUGCGCCAGCGCUGUUGGAGAAGCUCUCGGCUCCUCGUGGCCUUAUCGGCGGGUACACCUCGAGGGGUUCCUAUGAGCGUGCUCUUGUUGAGAAAGAGCCACUCUUUCUUGGCGACGUUGAAGUCGCCCGGUGUGUGCUACUAGCACCACACAAGCUCACACUGAAGGAGUUCACCACGCUUCGCAAGAAGCCGGAGGACAAGGGUGGACUCCAUCCUGUGUGGGGUUUCCACUGGGUCAAGUCGAAUGACAACAUGACCUGGAGCGAGGUGGAAGACCUCUUCUGGCGCUACGUCCAGCGCAAAGGGUAUUCCGACCAAGAGUUCGAAGAACUCCGUGAGGAUCGCACUCUGUCCGCAAUCCUGGACGUGCGCGAGCUCCGCAUCGAGUUCGCUCAACUCGUGAGCAAGCGCAAGCUCCACUCGAAGAUGGACGAGCUGAAGCGAGGCGAGAGCAAAAGCUCUGGAUCUGCCCAUUACGAUCAAGGAGGGCCGGCGGUGGCCUCGCACGGCCAUGGCUACGAGCCUGAGGCGACGCAGCCGUAUGCUGGGGCCUCGAGUCAGGUGGUGGCCCUGCAGCAAGAGAAGAUUCGUCUUCUCCGGGAGCGUGUGUACGUCCUCGAGAUCGCGCUUGGUGUCGGCCUUGGUGGCGAGGCUGCCGCUCGUGCUGGUCAGCCUGGUGCCGUGGAGCGGCUCCGUGAGGAUGUUGCCUCGCUCUAUCAAGAAGCUCGCAGUCUCCAUGGCCGCGUGGAUCGUCGAGCCGACCUGUCGUCUUACGACUCGCUGCAAAACCAGCUCGCUGGCCUUCGGGCCGAGCUUCAUGGCCACGCGCCGUAUCCGGAGCAGCAGCAGCCCCACUCGUAUCAGGCCCAGUUUGGCCAGGGCUCGUACGGGGCCCCUGCGUAUGCUGCUCCGAUGUAG